AAUGUCUCACUAAAAAGUUCUUGUUGGUUUAUAUAAAUAUUGUAUAUGUACACCAACAUAACUAAUUCAUUUCGCUACACAUGUUGUUUUUGCGUCUUUCUUCACGAUUACCGAGUUUUCAAUGUCUCCGGUUUCUGAAUAAUACAACUGAAAUCUCCAAAAGAAUUGAUCGUUUCAAUGGAAUUCAUUUGAAUAUUAUUUCUUAUGAAAAUAAUGACUGCAAGAAUGUCAUUCAAUAUAUCAGUGAUGUAAUUAACGAUCCUGUGGGUUUUAAAGCUAUAUGGGUAACUUUGAAAUCAGAACACUGUGAACUUGUGCCUACUCUGUGUAAACCAUGCCCGCUUGGUUUGGGUUUAAAAUUUCACCAUGCCUGCGAUUCAGAAGCAACUCUAGUUCGUUGGUUGGGUGAAGGAGAAAGUCGACUGCCUAAUUAUGCUUCACAUCAAGUAGGAGUGGCUGGUGUAUUAACCAAUUCAGAUAAUUCUGAAGUAUUAAUGGUUCGUGAAAAAGGUGGUUCUUUGUUCACUGGUUGGAAAUUUCCUACUGGUUUGUUGAAUCCAGGAGAGAAUAUUGCUGAAGCAGCAAUGAGAGAAGUCUAUGAAGAAUGUGGAAUCCAGACAAAUUUUAGUGGAGUUAUCUCUUUCAGGCAACAACAUGAUUUUCCUGGUUCAUUUGGUUUAUCUGAUUUAUUGUUUACUUGUCGACUUCAAUUACCCAAUGGUGUUUCGAAACCUACAAUUAAAAGUUGCUCUUAUGAAAUUGCUGACUGUAAAUGGAUGAAUAUAUCUCAUUUGUUAUUAUCUGCUCAUGUACAUACAGUUGUAUCAUUGAAUGAAUCAAAAGCCUUCAAUCAUGACUGUGAAAUACACAUCACAACAUUCACGCAUAAAAUUAUUCAACUCAUCUAUAAUCAUUCAACUGUGCUGUCCAAUGAUGAAUUAACCCCGUACAGAGAAUCUUCUGUUAUUAAAGGCAAACCUUACGAUUUAUUUCUUCCGCGUUAUUUCAGUGCUAAGUAACGAUGGUGAUAAUGAUGAUGAUGGCGCUGAUAUGGAAUCUAUGUUUUCAGGAAUUUUAGUUUUCUUUUUACUAUUUUGAGAUGUUAAUGUUUAGAUCGAUUAUUUUAUGCCAAGAUUUUUUAUCCGCUCCCCUUCCUACUUGUUUUAGUUCUAUUUUGUUUGUGUAUUUCUCUAAAUUCGAACUCAGGUUAUUAUCUUUUAUUGAUUGAUUGAUUGGUCGAUCGA